AUGUAUGAAAGAUGUUCAAGUAUGCGUUCAGAAACUAAAACUGAUGAUGAUAAUGACCCAUUAUUAAUAUCGAGAACAGAUGAUCAACAACAUGAACCAAUUUUAAUAAAUAUUUUAAAUGAAACUAUUGUGGAUACUAAUUCAAUUAACGAAGAAAACUCAGUUACAGAACCUCUAUUAAAUGAAAAUCGAGUGGAAUCACCUGUGACAGGCACAUUUCUAUGUUCAAAUAUACCUGCACGUUAUAUUAUUGCUACAUGGGCUUUCUUUGGUUUCUUUUGUCUUUAUGCUAUGCGAGUCAAUUUAUCUGUAGCUAUUGUUGCCAUGGUAACACCACAAAGUGCUUUAAAUGAAUCAGUUCAAUCAUGUCUACCGCAAGAUAAAAAUUCUACAACACCUCCACCAAGAUAUGAAUUUGAUUGGAGUCCAACUAUUGAAGGAAUUGUUCUCGGAGCAUUUUUUUAUGGUUAUAUUAUAAUGCAAUUAAUAGGAGGAAAUCUUGCCGAAAAAUUUGGUGCUAAAUGGAUACUUGGUGGAUGUGUAUUAAUAGCAGGUUUAUUAACAUUAUUAACACCAUUAGCAGCUCGUACUCAUGUUGGAUUAUUAAUUGCAAUACGCUUUUUAACUGGUAUUGUAUGUGGUCCAGGAUUUCCAUCAGCAGCUGCUCUCUGGGGAAAAUGGAUACCAGCAUCAGAACGUAGUACAAUUCCACCAAUAUCACAAACUGGCGCAAAUUUUGGAAUAAUUAUUACGACACCAUUGGUUAGUAUUAUGAUUGAAGAACAUUUUCUUGGUGGAUGGCCAUCAGCAUUUUAUGUUUUUGGUGUACUCUCUUGUUUAUGGUUUGUUGGUUGGUGUAUUUUUGGUUUUAAUUCACCAGAUCAUCAUCCACGUAUAUCAGAAAAAGAACGUCUUUUUCUUAAUAAGCAUACAACACAACAUCAUCGCCAACAUCGCAAAACACCAUGGAAACAUAUAAUUCGUUGUCCACCUGUAUAUGGUAUUGCUAUAAUGCAUGUUUGUAAUAAUUAUAUUUAUUAUACUUUAUUAACAUCAUUGCCGACUUAUUUUGCUACUAUACUUAAUUUCAAUUUACAUCAGAAUGGUGUUUUAUUUGCUAUACCUUAUUUUGCACAAUUUUUGGUCACAGUCAUAUUUGGACCUAUAGUAGAUCGUAUACGAACACGAAAUAUUUUAUCAAUAACAAAACUUCGAAAAAUACAAACAAUUAUUGGUACUAUGGGUACAUGUUCAUUUUUGGUUGCAAUUGGUUAUAUGGGAUGUAAUCAUGUAGGUGCAGUUAUUUGUUGUAUUCUUGCUGUUGCUUUUCUUGGUUUACAUUCAUGUGGUGCAUUAAUUUCUCAUCUUGAUGUUGCAUCAAAUUAUGCUGGAACAUUGGUAGGUAUUACGAAUUCUCUGGGAACCAUACCUGGUUUUGUUGGACCUUAUGUCGUAGGUGCUAUUACAAAUAAGAAUCAAACAACUGAUGCUUGGCGUCUUAUAUUUAAUAUUUCAGCUGGUAUUGGUGCAUUAGGUUGUGUUGCUUAUUGUAUUUUAUUUAAUGGUGAAGAACAACCAUGGAAUCGAACUUCUGAAGCACGUGAAUCAAAAGUAUUAAUAGAUAAAUAA